AUGAGACCACGGCUAGGACUCAUGUCGGACGUCGACGCCAUCACCAAUGUCAUCAUCAAGGCCAUGCCGCUUGACCCGCAGUGGGACUACCGCUUCCCACUACGGUAUGAGUACCCCGACGACCACUACAAGUACACGCGCAUGCUGUUUGAGCUUUUCCUAGACCCUACACAUAAUGAUUGGUGCGUCAUGGUGGUCGAGGACGCCCUCGAGCCAGACUGCGAGACCAUGAUUGUCGCCUUUGGCGUCUGGGACGUGUCGUAUGCCAACAAGAGACAGUACGGCCCCGACUACCAGACUCAGGACCCUGUGACUGAGGUCGAGGAGCAAGGCGGUAGCACCCGCAAGGAUGCCAACCACGAGCACUUUGAUGCCUUUUGGAAGGGUCAGAUCAGAGCGUACAAGACUUAUUUUGGCUCCAUCGGCCCCGACCAGAUCCACCUCCAGAUCCUCGCCACGCUACCUGACUAUCAGCGCCGAGGCCAUGGCACAUCGCUGUGUCGUUGGGCCAUGGAGCUCGUGCGCAAGGAGGGUCUGCAGGACAUGACGGUUAUGGCCAGUCCCAUGGGCUACGAGUUGUACACGUGGCUGGGCUUUGAGACGAUUAGCACUUUUAUCAUCCAAGUUCCAGGCGAAAACGAGAGGCUGACGCUAGUAGCCAUGAUGUACAGGCCGGGUGUAUAA